AUGGACAAUAACACGAAUUUUGGACAAAACAAGAAGAUGGGCGCUGAGGGUAUCAGUCCCGAGCAGAUGCAGAACCUCUUCAAGAAGCUUUCUUCCGACGAGCUAAAAGAUGUCCAGGAAACGUUUCAAAAGUGCUCAACUGAGAUACUCUUGACGAGGGGACUCCCGGUGACGUCGGUGAUUCUCGGCUCGCUUUAUUUGGCUCGAACAAGACUCCCACCGCAAUACCAUUUUGGACCAAAGGGCUGGCCAUUUUACGCGCUCCUCGGUGUCGGUUGUAUGACGGCGACGAGCGUUCUUUCGAUGGGAUCGUGCAAAGAUCGGAUAAUGCCCAAGAUUGAGGCACUUUGGAAAAAGUACGAGCUCGACGCUCAACCGCGUAACACUUACGAGCAGCUGAGAAUGCGCAAUCGACAGGGCGCCAGUUAUCCUCAACAACAUUUGCCUCAAGAGCAACAACAGCAUUCGUAUGAUUAUGGACAUGCAUCAACGGCAAAACCCUUUUCGGAGCCUUCACCAAUCACAUCGGGCGCUGGAAUGGCCGCGCUGGCGACUCAACCACAAAUGCCCGUCGAUAAAUUGCGCCAUGGUCCAUUGACUGAUGAAGUGUCGUACAUGUCGGGUACACCGAUGGCCGGCGCUCGUGGCGCUUCAUCAAAUCCAUCUCCAGCCGCCCAUCGACCCACGAAAACGAAUCAAUAUGGAGAUGAAGGAUUCUCG